UUAGCCACAUACACUGGAAGUAAACAAAAGCUCUCUGUCAAGGGGGAUGAACCGGACCAUGUCGACCAAGGAGGGGAUGGCCACCGCCGACGAAGAGAUAACAGACAUUAUCGUCCAGAGGGUGCCAUACUGGGACCCGCCGGCAGUGAAGCCGCUGGAGACGAGCGAGCUGGUCGAAUGGUCCCUCUACCGCGCUUUGAUCGGCGAGUUCACGGCCUCGCUCAUCCUCGUCUACGUGAGCAUCGCCACCGUCAUCGGGUACAAAUUCCAGUCAUCGGGCGCCGACGAGAGGUGCACCGGCGUCGGGUACCUCGGCGUCGCCUGGUCCUUCGGCGCCACCGUCUCCGUCCUCGUCUACUCCACUAGCGGUGUAUCGGGCGGUCACAUAAACCCAGCGGUGUCGUUCGCUCUGUUCGUGGCCGGGAAGGUGUCGCUGGUGCGCGCCGUGCUGUACGUGGCGGCGCAGUGCCUCGGCGCCAUCUGCGGCGUGGGCGUCGUCAAGGGGAUCAUGAAGCACCCCUACGACUCCUUCGGUGGCGGCGCCAACUCGGUGACCGAGGGCUACUCGCUUGGGGCGGCACUCGGCGCCGAGACCUUUGGCACCUUCGUCCUCGUCUACACCGUCUUCUCCGCCACCGAUCCGAAACGCACGGCCCGCGACGCCUUCGUCCCGCUGGUGGCGGCGCUGCCGAUCGGUUUGGCGGUGUUCGUGGUGCACCUGGCGACCAUACCGAUCACCGGCACGGGCAUCAACCCGGCGAGGAGCCUGGGCGCCGCCGUACUGUACAACCAACACAAAACCUGGAAGCAGCACUGGAUCUUCUGGGUCGGGCCCUUCACCGGCGCGGCCUUGGCGGCGUUCUACCACAAGAUCGUGCUGCGCGACAUUGCCGUAGUCAAGGAAGCGCUACGGGGCUCGUUUAAGAGGACCAGCUCGACCGCUUGAAGAUCGAGGAGAUGAGACCAUGUAAUGAAAAUCGACCGAAGUUGUUUUUUCUUUUUUUUGAAUUUGGUGUGUAUUACUUAAACUUGAGAGUUAUGCUUACAACUGUCGUUACAAUCUUUUUGAGCCGAGUCCAACACGCAGGGAGGAGUCGCGCUCAGUAAUACACCCCCACUCCACACACUACGACCAAAGCAAGCUAAUUCAUGAGCCACUAUAUUACUUGUUCGAUUUACUUUUUAGACUUUGUAAUCAGGAAGAUGAAUAAGCAAAUCUCUAGACUCUGACAGGAUGACAAAAAAUUGAGAUCUGCUCGUCAUGGCCGACUUUAGUUCAUUCACCACUGUACUAUUAUCACUUUCAACAAUCACAGGAUUAGUUGCCAUCGGGAUAAUAGAUUUCAUACCUUCCCCGACUGCUAUUGCUUCUGCAGUUUUGGCUGAUUGACAACAGGGAAUAGUCCCCCAAGCCGACAUGACCACUUUUCCUUCAUAGUCUCUGA